AUGAAUUUUCAACUUGUUCUUCUUCUUUCGCUCACUGGACUCGGAGCUGCUGUGGCUCUCGGAGACCUCCUUGGUGGUGUUCUUCCAGUUACUUUUCCAACUCUUCAAGUAACUGAUCCUACUCUUCAAGACGCACUCGAUGCUCUCUCUGAGGCUUUGGACAACAUUAAGAUCCCUUCACCAAAUGGAGGCGGCGGUUAUUACACUCCAGCAGAUUUGGUCAGAAACAUCAAAAAUUUGAUUUCCAGUAUUGUCACCGCCAUCGUCACCGCCGUUACAACUGUAUUGGCUACUGAAGGAAACAUCAAUGGAUAA